AAGAUUGAGCACUCGAAUCAAAGGCAAAAUUUCCCUCUAAUUCACUAGUGGCAAUCUCCCCUUUUCCUCAUCAGCUCACUUGCUAGUAAUCCAGGGGACACUUGUUGAGUUGCGUUCUAGAAUGGGUGAAAAAACAUUUGAAGAUGGUGGCCAAAAUCUUUCAGCCAUUGAAACUAAUCCUUCUAAAGGGAUUUAUGGUAAUGAGAAUUCAGAAAGUAACAUUGCAUGUAUGACACCGGAGAAAGCUGAUGAGUAUUUGAAAGGAAAAUUGAAAGAAGAUGGAAUCAAACUUCAAGAAAAAUGCCGGGCAAUUGUAGAGUUCUUUACUUGCUUUACUUCCUCGUUGAGGCUGCUUAAAAUGAGAAAAAGGAUGUCUACCUUUCACAAUGUGUCCGGCCAGGUGUCGAUUAUGACAAAAAGAAUGUUUUUGGACAAACAUCUAGCACAGAUAUUAUAUAUCAUUCCCGAAGCAGUGAAUAUUGAUAAAGUGAUGAUUCACGACAAGAAGACAUUGUGCAUGAAACCGGAAAUGAUAAUCAAUCUUCAGUUAGAUGUUGUAAAAGGUCACUCUGAGCAUUCUGAUUUUCUGGCAUUACACAAAGUUUUCGCUUCAAGGGUAUCAAAAUACUUUGCAAUGCAUCCGGAGAAAAGUGAAGUUCCGGAAGGGGAAUUACCAUGGCCCUUCAACCGAAGAAAAAUAUUCUCUCUCGAUCAAUUGUUUGAUAAUUCUUCAGCUAGAUCUCGGCCAAUAUCCAUAGAUUCCGAUUCCGAUUUGACUUUAGAAGAACUUUGUCCACAUUUAUCUUUCAAGCGACAUUUUUCUAAGAAAUUCAUUUCUAGCAUAGAGAUAUCAGAACUAGUUGCAUCUUCUAUUGUUGUUUCACCAUCCAUUCCAGCUAAGUUGCUUGAAGAUAUUCCGACGAUCUCUCCUCAAGUUGCUACUGCUAAUUCUUCGGACAGUCCUCUUGUUAAGUCUGUCAUGUCUUCUGCUUCUAGCAGCAUAAUGACACAAACACCGGUACAGUUAACACCAAAGAGAUCAAUGCUGCCAAGUUCAGAGGUGAAAACAAGGAAACCUGCAAGUGUAGGAAGUGUAUGUAAACCUGCAAAAAGGUUUCUCAACUUUUCUGGCAUGGAAAGUGAUAAUGGCAAGUCGAGUCUAGGUGUGGAUGGUUUGCAAUGCUAUGAAAUCCCUGGAAAGAAGAACUUUCUCGACGAGCAUAUCCAAAAGAAGAAUUAUACCAGUAAAGAAGUAAUUAGUCAAGAAUCAUCUUCUUGCUUGCCUGAACUUGUUUGUGUUGUCUACAACAUUUUCAAGUCUGUGAAUUGCUCUUCAAUUACCAAGGAGGAGCUCGUGCACAAGAUUAUAAUGAAUUGCCUUGAUAUUACUGAGAGAAGAGAAGUGGAAGAGAGAAUCGAGCAGCUCGAAAAGUUGGUUCCGAAUUGGAUCUCCAAGAAAUUGACAAUUAGUGGGGAUGUUACUUUUAGCAUCAACACAAAGGAAGACUUGGAAUCGGUUGUGGCGAAAACAGCUCGCAUUUGAGAAGUUCCCAAAAUGGGGUCUCCACGUAACAUAUUGUCUUGAGUCUCUUAUAUUUUUACAGUUAAAUUGAUUUUGGUCCUUAUGGUUUGGAAAAAAGUUGGAAUUUGGUCUCUACUAGAGUAUUUAUGAAACCAUGGAGACUUGGAAAAUUCUUUCCAUGGCAAUUUUUUUGAACAAGUUUUCAUAGGGCUAAUCAAAUGAGAGUUGUUUGAUUUCUCUAUUUCCAUUGUUUUGUAUAGUAUCUUGAUUGGUGAAAUGUGCAAAAUUGCCAGUGAUCUUACCCAA